CGAGGAUGCAUCUUUUGAUAAAGUGAAAUCAUUCAGUAAUACUUUCAGCAAUUGAAGUGAAUUGAGUAGUGCUACCUUGAGUGAGUUGACUGCCUAUAUCUAUUGAAGUAAAGGAAGUGAUAAUGACAUCAAUAGCAAAAUACUUAAUACUUUCAUUACCACAAUCAACCAAUGCCCAAGGAUGGUUACAAAAUGAAUUAAAUGGAGGUAAGACCAAUUUGUAUAAGUUAAACUUACAAGAUUUUCAAAGUGGAACAUUAGAUUCUUUAGUUCAAGAAAGUGAAGAAUUAAGUAAGAUUGAUACACAAUUGAGUUCAUCAGUUAGCAAAGUCAUUGAUAUUUUAAAUAAUGUUACUGAUUCUAAUCAAUCUAAGACUAGAAUUAUUAAUAACCAAUCAAUUUAUGAUUAUAUUGAAAGGUUUAAUUGGAAUUCAUCUAAAUAUAGAUUAGAUAAACCUAUCAGUCAAUUGGUCUCUAUCAUUUCCAAUGAAGCUGUGGCUUUCGAUAAUGAUGUUAGAGCUGCAUACCAAACUUAUCAAACAGCUAAAUCUAAUUUCUUAGCAGCCGAUAGAAAGAAAAAUGGAGAUUUAUCUAUAAAGUCAUUACAUGAAAUUGUCAAGCCUGAGCAAUUUGUAUUAAAUUCAGAACAUUUAAUUACUAUUUUAAUUGCUGUUCCAAAGAAUCUUGUCGAUGAUUGGAAUUCUCAUUAUGAAACAUUAACUGAAUUUGUUAUUCCAAGAUCAUCAGAGUUAAUAGCAAGUGAUUCCGAAUAUUCAUUAUUUUCAGUAACUUUAUUUAAGAAAUAUCAAAAUGAUUUCAUCAAUGCUUCUAGGGAAAGAAAAUGGCAUCCUAGAAAUGAUUUCCAAUAUAAUGAAGAAAUCUUGAAUAAUUUAAGAAAAGAAUUUGAUUUAACAAAACAAACAGAAUUUAAAUUAAAGAAUGAUUUAAUUAGAUUAUCAAAAACUGCAUAUUCAGAUAUUUUCCAAGCUUGGUUACAUAUUAAAAUCAUAAGAGUUUAUGUUGAAUCAGUAUUAAGAUAUGGGUUACCACCUCAAUUCAAUUAUUAUUUAAUUAAAUUCGAUCAAGCAAAUCUUAAAAACUUAUCAAAGUCAAGGAAAGAAUUAAUUGAUAAAUUUGGUUAUUUAGGAGGAAGUGGAUCUGAUGAUAAAAAGUCUAGCACUGCUACUAAUUCUUUACAAGAGUAUGCUUCAUUAGUUGAUACUGAAUAUGAACCAUUCGUAUUAUAUGAAAUAGACAUUGUUUGAUCUAUCAGCAUGCUAUAUAAUCAAAUUUCACUUCAUUAGUCUAAGCCAUAUUUCUCGUUUUCUUCCCCCAUACAUACACAUUUUCUAUUACAAUUAUUACUACUAUCUUAUUUAAUUCAUUUGAUUCUAUUUUAUAAAUUUCUACUUUAUAUUUACAUUUCGUUUAUAUACACAUUAAUAAGUAAAGCGAUAUUAAGAGGGAUCUCGGACGGCCGUAAUAAAACCUAUCGGCCGUAAAUGGCCCAUCUGAGGUUCUCAAAAAAGAAUAUAUAUAC